AUGGCCUGCUCCGACCUCUGCCGCCCCUGCGGACCCACCCCACUGGCUAACAGCUGCAACGAGCCCUGUGUCAGGCAGUGCGAGGACUCCCGUGUCGUCAUCCAGCCUCCCGCCGUGCUCGUCACCCUGCCAGGACCCAUCCUCAGCUCCUUCCCCCAGAGCACCGCCGUCGGAUCCUCCUCAUCGGCUGCCGUGGGCAACGUCCUCAGCUCCCAGGGAGUGCCCGUCUCCUCCGGAGGCUUCGGCUUCGGCUACGGCUACGGCUUGGGCGGCCUGGGCUGCUUCGGUGCCAGAAGGGGCUGCUACCCCUGCUAAGGGCCCUCACCACCACCCCUGACACCAACCACCCACACCCUGGAAG